AUGGGGCGGAAGAAAAUACAAAUCACACGCAUAAUGGAUGAAAGGAACCGACAGGUCACGUUUACAAAAAGAAAGUUUGGAUUAAUGAAGAAAGCCUAUGAACUUAGUGUGCUCUGUGACUGUGAAAUAGCUCUCAUCAUUUUCAACAGUUCUAACAAACUGUUUCAGUAUGCCAGCACUGAUAUGGACAAAGUUCUUCUCAAGUAUACAGAAUAUAACGAACCUCAUGAAAGCAGAACCAACUCGGAUAUUGUUGAGACUUUAAGAAAGAAAGGCCUUAAUGGUUGUGAGAGCCCUGAUGCUGACGAUUAUUUUGAGCACAGUCCACUCUCGGAGGACAGAUUCAGCAAACUAAAUGAAGAUAGUGAUUUUAUUUUCAAACGAGGCCCUCCUGGUUUGCCACCUCAGAAUUUCUCAAUGUCUGUCACAGUCCCUGUGACUAGCCCUAAUGCUUUGCCAUACACAAACCCAGGGAACUCACUUGUGUCCCCAACUUUGACAUCCAGCUCAACGUUAGCAGAUACAAGUAUGCUCUCACCACCUCAAGCCACAUUACAUAGAAAUGUAUCCCCCGGAGCCCCUCAGAGACCACCAAGUACUGGCAAUGCAGUUGGGAUGUUGAGUGCUUCUGACCUCACAGUGCCAAAUGGAGCUGGAAGCAGCCCAGUAGGUAAUGGCUUUGUAAACUCAAGAGGUUCUCCCAAUUUGAUUGGAACUACUGCUACAAAUAAUUUAGGCAAAGUCAUGCCUACAAAGUCUCCACCUCCUCCUGGGAGUGGCAAUCUUGGAAUAAAUAGUCGAAAGCCAGAUCUUCGAGUUGUUAUCCCCCCUUCAAGCAAGGGAAUGAUGCCUGCUCCAUUGUCGGAGGAAGAGGAAUUGGAGUUGAAUACCCAGAGGAUAAACAGUUCUCAAGCCAGUCAGCCUCUCGCUACUCCAGUGGUGUCUGUGACAACCCCAAGCUUGCCUCCACAGGGACUUGUGUACUCAGCAAUGCCUACUGCCUACAACACUGAUUAUUCCCUGACAAGUGCGGAUCUCUCGGCCCUUCAGGGUUUCAACUCCCCAGGAAUGCUGUCUUUGGGACAGGUGUCUGCCUGGCAACAGCACCAUUUAGGACAAGCAGCCCUCAACUCCCUUGUUGCUGGAGGGCAGUUAACUCAGGGUUCAAAUUUAUCCAUUAAUACCAACCAGAACAUCAACAUUAAGUCAGAACCAAUUUCACCUCCCCGGGAUCGAAUGACCCCAUCAGGCUUCCAGCAGCAACCGCAACAGCAGCCCCAACCCCUGCCUCCCCAGUCCCAGCCCAGGCAGGAAAUGGGGCGGUCUCCUGUGGACAGUCUGAGCAGUUCUAGUAGUUCCUACGAUGGCAGUGACCGGGAGGAUCCGCGGGGCGACUUCCAUUCUCCGCUUGUGCUGAGCCGACCCCCAAACACUGAGGACAGAGAAAGCCCUUCUGUGAAGCGGAUGCGGAUGGACGCAUGGGUUACCUAA